AUGAUUGAUGUUAUCGAUGCUUUGAUCAAUAAGAACAAACAAACACCAAUGGUUGAAGCUUUUCUUGCCCAAACCAGUUCUAUUCUUGGCGAUGAUAAUAUAUUGACAGGAGAAGAUUUUGAAAAAUCCAACAGUUAUUUUAAUACGAUUGCUGACAGAGAAUUAAUGAGUUUUAUGAACCAUAAUUUAAUGGGUGAUACUUCGUUCAAUGAUUUCAUUAGUAGUCUGCCUACAGAAACCGAACCAAACCCAACGUUUUUUAAAAUUUAUCCAUCAUUGUCAACUAUUCCAGCUAAUUGUGUACAGAUUCGUGUGAAAAUUAUCUAUCAAUUGAACAUGAUUUGUGAAAAAGUUUUGUCCAUUAUCGAUUUGAGUUUGGCACCGAAACAGAGUAUUGUAGCAGAUCGACUUCGAUAUGCUAAAGACUAUCUAUUAUAUCAGAAGAAGUUUGAAUUAUUGGAAGAAUCAUUAGAAAAAACGGACAUGGGAAAUGUAUACAGACCCACGGUUGAGUUUGAUCCAGUUAAAGCCACAAUAGAAAGUAAAAAUGGUGAAAAUACCAUGUUUUAUCAAGCUUAUGAACAAUUACAUAAGAAUGCUCAUAGAUCGUUUCGAAAUGAAGAUGAUCACUUAUGGGAAGCAACUUAUGUUGGUAUGCACAGCAUUGAUGCAGGUGGACCUUAUCGUGAUUCAAUCACUUGUAUUUGUUCAGAUAUUUGUAGUACACGAUUACCGCUGUUCAUUUUAUGUCCAAAUGGACGAGCUAAUAUCGGCUUGAAUCGUGAUCGUUGGAUACCAAAUGUGUUUCCACCGAAUGAAUCUAUUCCAGAUACGUUUAAAAAUCAAUAUCGAUUCGUUGGACAAUUGAUGGGUAUGGCAAUAAGAAAAAAACAUUAUUUAGAUUUGAAAUUUCCGGUAUUUCUAUGGAAACAGUUAGCAAGGGAACAAGUGACAAUUGAAGAUAUUGAAGCAGUUGAUAUACAAUGUUUUAAGAUAAUCAAAGAAAUGAAAGCAAAUUUUGCUCAAGAUGACCUUAUCGAUAUAAAUGUUGAUAUUAAUUAUUUGUUUAGUAGUAUUAUGAGUGAACUUCGAUUUGAAGCUGUUAGUUCAGCUGGACAAUCAUAUGAACUUAUUCCAGGUGGUAAAGAAAUUCCAUUGACAGCAGCCAAUUUUAAAGAUUACUGUACAAAAUAUCAUGAAUACCGUCUAAAUGAAUUUAAUCGUCAGAUUGAAUUUAUUCGUCAAGGAUUGUAUAGUGUUGUUCCAUGUUAUUAUUUGAGUCUAUUUACAGCUAGUGAACUUGAAGAAACUGUAUGCGGAAAAGGUCAUAUUGAUAUAGAACUUUUGAAAAGAAAUACACGUUAUGGUGAUUCAAUCAAUCAAGAUUCUCCACGUAUUGAACGAUUUUGGACAGUUCUAAAUGAAAUGUUCAAUGACGAACAAAAAAAAUCCUUUAUUAUUUUCGUUUGGGGACGAAGCACAUUACCACGUUGUAAUGAAGAGUUUACAUGCAAAUUUCUUAUCAAUCCUUAUUAUGAAUCACCUGAUGAAAUAGACAAAGUGCUUCCACGAUCGCAUACAUGUACCUUUACUCUGGAUUUACCAGAAUAUUCGACAAGUGAUAUUAUGUACCAACGUCUAAACUAUGCCAUCACCAAUUGUUCUAGUAUUGAUGGUGAUGGUUAA